AGUUAAUAUAACACUGGUUGAUGUAGUAUCUUAAGUUAUGUGGACCCACUAUGUUUUGGUUAGCUAUUUCCUAUUCAAAGUAAAAGUUGGAGUUUGUCUUGAACAUGGCUCCCAUAGUGACCUGGAAGAUGUCAAACUUUUGGAAGGAGAAGAAAAGUUGAGUGACUACAUUAUGAAAGUUCUGGAUCACUUUAAGAGCACAGAUCCUGUAGGUCUUCCGGGAGCUAGUAUCCCUGAUCCAUAUCUCGUCCCAGAUAUGAAAAAAUAUAUAACAUUUGGAACAAAUAUCGCAUUAAAAAAUACAUCUGUGCAAGGAAUAAGCAAGUUCAGAGUUAUAUAUGUCAAAGCGGAAAUAGCUCAAUUAGAGUGUACAACAGUUCUUUCUAUUGACAAACUAAAGGUAAAAGGAAAUUAUACACUUAACACGAUCUUUAAAAAAUAUUCAGGAAACUAUACAGCAGAUGUUCUUGGAAUAAAAACCACAGCCAUCGCUACCCUUGGUGUUGAAAAAGAUGGGAGAGUCAGGGUGCAAAAUAUUUCUAUGGAUAUAAGCUUUAAAAAUAUUGAGGUGCAAUUCGAAAAUUCUGGAAUGGUCGCUCUUGUCAUACAGGGAGUUUUUAAUUCUCUUGGUUCUUUUCUUUUUGAGACUAUAAAACCUUACGUCUUAAAAGAUGCCUAUAAGAAAGUAAAAGUUGAAGUUAACAAAAGAUUGGAGCAAGUAGCAACUGACACUGUUUUUUCUAAUUCUUUAUUUCCUAUAGAUUUGCUUUUAUUAAAUGCAAGGAGAAAGGCGAUAGAAUUUGGUCUGGAUCCUUACAAAAUACAGGACUAUACGUCAUCUUUUAGUGUUUUUAAUAUACAUUUAUCAAAUACGUGGAUUUUAGGUAUUGCUUCCUUUUAUCGCAUUGAAAACACAACGCUCAUAAUGGAGAACAAAACAUUAAUAUUCGAAUUCAAUCUGAAAACCCAGGAAACACAAGGUUCUAGUCACUGGGGAAUUUCAACUAUGCGUGGCUUUAUUUCCAGAUCUGGAAUAGCAAAUUUUACGCUUAAUUAUAUUUGUAUAAAGGUGAUUGUUGCUCAACCACUUGAUACUAGACGAAAACCAACAUUGAGAUCCUUAAGUGUUGAUGUUGGUAAUUUCCAAAUACGAUUUGAUGGAGCUGGUACUGUUGACUAUUUUGUUGAAUUAGCAGUUAACAUAUUGCCCAAUCUUGUGAGAAAUCAAGUAGUGGACGCGUUUGAAGACCCUGUUCGACAUAAGAUACAACAAGAAUUGGACACGAUUGAAGUGGAGGAAUUUAUAAAGGAACAAUUGCCAAAAAUAGACAGAUUUGAAGCAGAGGUUGGGCUCAAAAGUGCAAUGGGGCCAGAAAAUAGAAGAAAUUGCAGUUAAAUUAAGCUCAGCGGCAUAUGCGGUUAGAAGCAUUUGACGGCUUACUGAUGUGGGUACUACUGAAAUUGCUUAUUUCAGCUGUUUUUACAGCAUAAUGUCAUAUGGAGCUCUUCUCUGGGGCAACCCGGCAAAUAUUAAUUUAUAAAAGAGGUCUGUAAGAGCAAUUUACAAACUUGGACUCCCAGUGUCCCUUAGAGAGAAAUUUAAAGAAACAGGAAUUCUUGCUAUUACAUCACAAUAUAUAUACGAAAACCUGUUAUAUGUCCACAAAAUUAUUUACACCUUCUGUAAAGGGAGCGACACACGCAAUAUAAACACCUGAGUUGCCACACCACACAAUUAUCUCACCUCUACAAAAUUAGUCAUUCUUUUAUGGGACAACGUAGGUAUACGUUUCUAUAAUAAACUAUAAUUUUAUAUUAUA